ACAAAUCGUCACGUGACACGGAAGUGACUACGAACAGGAAGAGGACGAAAAAAAUAACCGUCCGCGACGCCGAGCCGAACCGGACCCGCAGCCACCAUGAACAGCAAAGGUCAAUAUCCAACGCAGCCAACCUACCCGGUGCAGCCUCCUGGGAACCCUGUGUACCCUCAGACUUUGCAUCUUCCUCAGGCUCCACCCUACACUGAUGCUCCACCUGCCUACUCAGAGCUCUAUCGUCCGAGCUUUGUGCACCCGGGGGCUGCCACAGUCCCCACCAUGUCAGCUGCAUUUCCUGGCGCCUCACUGUAUCUUCCCAUGGCCCAGUCUGUGGCUGUUGGACCUUUAGGUUCCACAAUCCCCAUGGCUUAUUAUCCAGUUGGUCCCAUCUAUCCACCUGCCUCCUCCCCCUGGAUGCCCUCCCAAUGCUGCUCAGCUCGCAGUCAUGCAGGGAGCCAAUGUCCUUGUAACUCAGCGGAAGGGAAACUUCUUCAUGGGUGGCUCAGAUGGUGGCUACACCAUCUGGUGAAGAACCAAGGCCACCUCUGUGCCGGGAAAGACAUCACAUACCUUCAGCACUUCUCACAAUGUAACUGCUUUAGUCAUAUUAACCUGAAGUUGCAGUUUAGACACAUGUUGUUGGGGUGUCUUUCUGGUGCCCAAACUUUCAGGCACUUUUCAAACGUAAUAAGGAACCACGUAAUGGUAGCAGUACCGCCCUAAAGCAUUUUGAGGUAGGGGAGGUAUCCAUUCAUAAAAUGAAUGUGGGUAAAGCAGCCCUAAGGAUCUUCCUUUAAUUCCUCCGGAGUAAUACUGUACCAUACUGGUCUUUGCUUUUAGUAAUAAAACAUCAAAUUAGGUUUGGAGGGAACUUUGAUCUUAAGAAUUAAAGUUGCCAAAUUAUUCUGAUUGGUCUUUAAUCUCCUUUAAGUCUUUGAUUUAUAUUACUUGUUAUAAAUGAACCGCAUUAGUUAUCUGCCUUUUCCUUUCCGUCCUUUGCCCCACGUCCUACCCUCAACCCUCGUCUUCCAUUCCUUCCCACCAAUCUCCGUUGAAUCAAUGGUGCAGGACAGAAAGCCAGUCAGACUAAUUUCCUUCUCUCCUUGCACUUCUCCCCACCUGUCAUCUUUUAACUAGUCUUUCACAAAGGAUCCUCUGAAACCCCCUCUGUGCCCCAAGCACAGACCCCAUUACUUCUGCUUUUGCGUCUCCUCAAGCAAAAGUGGAGGGUGCCUUUUGGACCCUCCUCAUAGGUUGUCUCUUCAUACAUGAACCAAAUUUGCAAACCCAAAUUUGCUUUGGUGCCAGAAAAACUGAGCUUUGUUUUAACAAAGGAUGCAAACUGUAUUGUAAACAGCAGUUUGUUUAUAAUUUGAGGGGCAAGGAGGAGGAUGCAUUUAAAAGCCUGAUGACUCUAGAGCCAAAUUAAGGGGAGUUUUCAGAUCAAAAAUUGGUUACCAUUUCUUGUCAGUGUCUGAUGCAGCCACUCAUGGCUCCCAAGAAUUCCUGAGCUGGGUUAAUGGGGUCAUAUUGUGAAUGCCUCACUACUAAAUGACUUGAGUCCAGUGAAAUCUCAUUAGGGUUAAGAAUAUUUCAGGGAUCCUUAAUAUUUUGAUUUUUGUUCUCUAAAAUUGGAUUUUAUUUUAUCUUAUAAUUUCAGUUCAUCUAAAUUUUGUGUUCUGUACAUGUGAUGUUUGACUGUACCAUUGACUGUUAUGGAAGUUCAGCGUUGUAUGUCUCUCUCUACACUGUGGUGCACUUAACUUGUGGAUUUUUUAUACUAAAAAUGUAGAAUAAAGACUAUUUUGAAGAUUUGAAUAAAGUGAUGAAGUUGCAUUA